AGUCGCGGUGUCGCGUCUGUCUUUUCAGGUUCUAAUGGGGAAGGUUCUACAGAUAGUGACGCACCAUUACCAGCACAAGAAGGAAUUCCUCCUCGAUCUUUAUAUAAUGAUAAUAAUGAUUUACCAUUCCAACCAGAUGAUUUUGGUAAUAAUGGGUGUCAAACUAAUGCCAGAGAUUUAGUAAAAUGUUUAGAACAAAAUAAUAAUGAUAUUAAUUCUUAA